AUGGCGGAACCGAUCGCCAUCACCACGAUGGACGCCGGGACUCAAACCGAGAUGCGCACCUCACCGGCUUCCUUGACCCGCUCUCAUCCCGCCAAGAAGCCAUCUCAUCAGCGCCGCGUCAAGCCGCCUUGGAUCGCCGCCAGGUCACAGCAGGAAGCGCGCGACCGACUGAAGCACCCGCUGCGCGAGUCUGUUAACGUCGAGGACAACGCCCACCUACCGUCGCCAAUCAGGGCGGCUUUCACGUACAUUGAUGAGCUCCUCGAUGAUGGCYAAAAGGACAUCAUGUCCGACGCCACAAUCCCACCAGAUGAUGACGCGGAGCUACCCACCUGA